AUGUCCUCGCAUGACCAUCGCUCGCUGUCGCGCGAAUCCUGCGACAGUCUUAGCGUACUGGCGGUGGAACAGCAGUUGCGCCAAAUGCAACAACAACUGAACGAGAUCAGCGUGAUCCCCAUGCAGAUCCAGGCGACGCUCAGCUUCCUUACGAAAACCUUGUCCAAGUUUGCUCCACCGGAGUUACAAAUGCAGCUACCUGAAGCCUUGCGUACCACAGCAAACGAGCAGGUGGAGGAAGCCACUAAGCUGGAGGAAUGCGAGGACACCGACGAAAUCGAUUACGGUGGAGAUCAAAUGGUGGACGCGGAAGAAAAUGACGAGUAUUCGAUCACGUUAGAAAGCUUGUUCGAUGAGUCAAAGGUGCUGCCACUGGUUUCGACGCCAGAAGAUGAUGAAGCUGAAAAUCAACAGGAAGAGGAUGAAGAUUUUGAACCGGAAAUCAGUGAAGAGGAGCGAUCCCGUAUUGAAAAGCUGGAACGUAUCAUCAAACUGCAGAAGACUUGGCCGUGGAGUCAGCAAGAGAAACCGAUUCAUAAGCGUUCCAACUGCCAUUUGGUUCCGAGCGUGGCCCUAGAACGGUCGAAAAUCAAGCAAAUUACUAAUAUCGGAGCUUUACCCUUUUACAAGCAUGGAUAUUUGACGAGAGUUUAA